AUGGUUGUUUUUCUGCACUGCAAUGAUAACAACAGAGCAGACACUGUGCUGAAGUUAUUUGAGAAUGCCACACAAAAGUUUGGUGUUCCGUCUCGUAUACGUGGAGAUAAAGGUGGUGAGAAUGAACAGGUUGCCCUGUUUAUGUUGCAACAUCCUGAUAGAGGUCCAGGCAGAGGCAGCUUUAUCGCGGGGAAAAGCGUACACAAUCAAAGGGUUGAACGCUUGUGGCGUGAUGUCUUUCAAGGGAUCCUUUUUAAAUUUUACCUUUUAUUUUACCAUUUGGAGGACCAUUUGUUCCUUGAUAUUGAUAAUGAUGUUGACAUGUUUAGUCUACAUUACACCUUUCUGCCGAUUAUUAAUCGUGAUUUAAGUCACUGGAAUGAAGGAUGGAACCACCACAAACUUAGCUCGGCACAGCACAAAACACCUCGUCAACUGUGGAUCCAGGGAUCUUUGUCUAUGGCACAAUCAUCUAAUCGAGCAAUGGGCGAGCUAUUUGAACCACGUAACCAGGAGGAAAUUGAUGCAUAUGGAAUAGAUUAUGAUGGGCCUGUACCUGAACAAAAUGAAAAUGAAUUGAUAAUUCCAAAUAUUCCAUGCCCUUUAAUGGGCGAUGAGCUUGAGAAUCCAUCCAGUACCAUUGAUCCACUUAAUUGCCAUGAUGAUAGUAGUGGAGUAAUGAUCUAUGAAGAUGUCAAAGCCUUUAUAAACACAAAAAUUGAACACAGGGUGUAA